AUGUCCUUCGGAAAGACGAUCAAGCUCAACGACGGCAACGUCAUGCCGCGCAUUGGCCUCGGCACGUGGCUCUCGGAGCCGGGCAAGGUCAAGGCCGCCGUGGCGCACGCCGUCAAGACGGGCUACCGCCACCUCGACCUGGCGAAGAUCUACAAGAACCAGGAGGAGGUCGGCGAGGGCCUCAAGGAGGUCAUCCCCUCGGUGGUCAAGCGCGAGGAGCUCUUCCUCACGUCGAAGCUGUGGAACAAUGCGCACAAGCCGCACCUCGUCGAGAAGGCCUACGACGCCACGUGCAAGGAGCUCGGCGUCGAGUACCUCGACCUGUACCUGAUCCACUGGCCCGUGCCGCUCGAGUCCGGCGACGACAUUGAGAACCUCAUGCCGCCCGCCAAGGACGGCAGCGACUUCAAGGAGCUCGACCUCAAGACGACGCUCGUUGACACGUGGAAGGCGAUGAUUGCGCUGCAGAAGACGGGCAAGGUCAAGAGCAUCGGCGUGUCCAACUUCACGCAGGCGCACCUCGAGGGCAUCAUCAGCGCCACGGGCGUCGUGCCCGCCGUGAACCAGAUCGAGGGCCACCCGCUGCUGCCGCAGGAGGACCUGGUCAAGUACAGCCAGCUCAAGGGCAUCCACAUCACCGCCUACUCGCCCCUCGGCAACGCCUCGGGCUACGGCAAGAAGAGCGUCGACAUCGCCGGCUCGAAGCAGGUGCAGGAGGUCGCCAAGGCCCACGGCGUCGACGCCGGCCAGGUCCUGAUCGCCUGGGGCGCCCACCGCGGCACCAGCGUGAUCCCCAAGUCCGUCACGCCCAGCCGCAUCGAGAGCAACUUCCAGGAGAUCGAGCUGACCGACGAGGAGUUCGAGAAGGUCUCCUCGCUCAUCAAGGACCACGGAUCGUACGUGCGAUUUAAUGUGCCUAUCGGCUAUCCUUGGGACAUCGAUGUCUUCGGCGAGCCGGAGGAGAAGAAGGCCAACCACCGUGUCAACAUCGGAGCGUAGAGCGCUUCCGCGGCUUCCUCCUGCCUUCGCGCAACUCGUCCGGUACCAUUCGAUCCAUUCAUGAUCCUCUAGUGGUUGUUCUUCGCUUCUCCACGUCUGUCUGCGCCCCUGCUCCAUGUCUGUCUGCGCACCUGCGCUCUCUCAUGCGUGUCUGGUCUACUCUGAGGGGCGAGCAAGGUUGUGUAGCAG